AUGUCAAAACUUUUAUUAAAGUCACAAUUUGUACGGCAAUGUCUAAGAGCACGCACGAUUCACUUGGCAAGACACAUUACAACAGAGUGUAGAUUGAUUCGACCUAGCAUUUUUAUUAAUGCACAUCGACAUAUUCCCAUAAUCAAACGACUGAUCCAUUCUGAUUGGCCUUUGUACCAGAAAGAAGAAUCUGUGAGUAAAGAAAAUGAAGCAUUACUUGGCGAUUGUCCUGGCUGUGGCGCUCCUUUUCAACAAACGGACAGUAACAAGCCUGGAUACCUGGUAGAGAGAAAAGACAAGGAGAUUAAAAAGAAGAAGAUUCAGAAAAAGAGUUUAUCAGACGAAGAAUAUCAAAAGCUUGUGGAGAGCUUAGACGAUGAGACUCGCACGCUGCUUGAGGGCGACGAGGAUAAUGAAUUGGCUAAAGAAAAUACUCAAGAAGGGACUGUCACAAAACCCCAACGUACUGUAUGCCAACGCUGUCACGAGCUUCAGUAUCAUCACAAGAGCACAACAAGCUCUUCACCCAAGUUCUUAAGAGAAAGUCAACAGUAUGGCUCACUUGAGUUUUUGAAAACGAAGCAGGAUCCGCUUGUUGUUGUAGUAUUAGAUAUUACCGAUUUGCCAAGUUCACUGGGACAUCUACCAGAGCUGCUUGCACAGAACCCUAGUGCACGAGUGCUGCUCGCAGCCAACAAGAUGGAUAUUCUACCAGUGUCAGCAAGACGACAUGAGCAGCGCAUAAGGGAUUGGAUAGUGCAACAUGUUAAAGGCUUGGGAUUGUCUACAAAGCAAAUUAUCUCGACCACAUUAGUGAGUGCCAGAAAGGGAUGGGGUAUUACAGGCUUAAUGCAUCGCAUUGAUGCAGAAAGACGUCCAACGGAUGAUGUAUAUCUGGUAGGAUGUACUAAUGUGGGCAAAUCUGCCCUUGUAAAUAAGUUUAUUUCACAAAUUAGAGGCGGUCUAGAUGAACAGGGCCGUCAAUUAAAGCAACAAUUGAAAGAAAAGUAUCAGAUCACAAGCUCAGUAGUGCCAGGAACAACCAUGGGUACCAUAAAGAUCCCAUUACAUAUUUUGGGAAUGACAUCUGAUGAUCAUUUAGAGGCUUGGAAGAAGCGUCGAUUUGUCAUCAAAGAACGUUAUAUGAUUGAUACGCCAGGCAUCAUUAAUGAACAUCAGUUAAUUCACAAAUUAUCAUUUGACGAUCAAAAGAGGAUUGUCAAUCAAAAGGAGAUAAGCCCGGUGACUUUCAAACUAGAACCAGGCAAAUCUCUACUACUUAAGCCACUGAUACGAAUUGAUCUGCUGGAAUCAAAUGAACCAGUGCUUUUUACCAUGUUUAGUCCCCUAGCUCCACAUAUUACUCGAACAGAAAAACUACCACCCGCCUACGCUCUUGAAUAUAAAACACAUGUUCGACCCAUGAAGGACAAUACGAUAUUAUGCACUGACUCACUAAUGCCUAUGGACGAAAUUGUAAGAGUGAAUGGUAUUCACCCAUCACGUGCAUCAGUUGACUUUAGCUUUGCGGGUGCUGGAUGGGUUGCACUGACGGGUUUAUUUGAAAAUGCCAAGUUUAGAGUAUGGCUGCCCAAGGAUCUGGACCCUUAUAAAGUGUUUACAAUACGCGAUCCACCCUUCUUGCCUUUUGAAUAUAAAGGAUCCAUCAGAAAGUUCUUUGGAUCAGGAGAACGGGCAAAGAAAUAG